AUGGCUUCUUUUGGGUGGAAGAGAAAGAUUGGUGAGAAAGUCUCAAAAGCUACUUCUCAGCAAUUUGAAGCAGAAGCUGCAGAUGACAAGGAUCUGGCCGAUGAUGAUGAUGCUAACUGGGUGCAUGCAACUAAGAGAAGAAAGGAAAUUCUCUUGGAAGACUGUGUGAAGAAAAGUAAACAGCUGAAGGAUGAAGGUGCAAGUUUGGCUGAAAAUAGGAGGUACCGAGAGGCUAUUCACAAGUGGGAUGAAGCACUUCAGUUAACUCCAGAGGAUGCUACGCUUUAUGAGAUGAAAUCGCAG